AUGGCCGAAGCAUCAAAUGAAAUUCAAAAAAAAUCCUCACUUGAACAUCAUUCCUCUUCGAAAAAGUCAAGUAAUUGCAGUUCUGAUGGCAGUAUCCCACGUAAAAAAUCAUCUAUAAAGGAAAAUAUUGUAAAUGUCUUUCGUUCUCCACAUUUCCUCGCUCGACGAGAAGCAGCCAGAAUUCGUUGGAACAAAAUGGCGGAAAGAUUAAAGCUCAAUCGAAUAAAAGUAGCUGUAACGGAAUCGAAACUAUUUUCACCCGGAGAGCGUAGAAGACGUUCAGCUGAGAAUGGUCACAACAACAGUUCGGCUCCUAUGUCUGGCAGUCAAAACGAAUGGCAAUUGGCUUUUGAUAAUGUGAUUUACGAUGAAGCUGGACGUGAAGCAUUCGCUAAAUUUUUAUCUACCGAAUAUUCAGAUGAGAACAUAGAUUUUUGGUGGGCAGCUGAACAGCUAAAAGUCUUACAUAGGAAUGGUGAAAGACAGAAGUUCGAAGAAACGGUUUUGUCAAUGUUCGAUAGCUUCAUAGCAACAGAAGGAGGCUACUCCAUUAACAUCGAUCAUGAUACUCGAGAAGAUAUAUUUGCCAAAGUAGUUAAUAUGGACCCAAGUACAUUCCCUCCCAAUAUCUUUGAUAAAGCUCAAGCACACGUGUAUCGCUUAAUGGAGAAGGAUUGCUUUUCACGCUUUGUACAUACGGAUGGAUACAAGCAAGUCGCUAAAAAGCUGAGUUUACCACAAAACUUUGGAAGUAAUGGACGUACAACAUCUCCUCAUUAA